CCAGUUCGGUGGGAUCUCGAGGAUCUGCGUUCGCGAUAAACUGAGCUACUUUGUCGGGUUUCUUUUCCAUAAUGUUGGUGUCAGCUGUGACAGUAAUGCGUACCUGGCGCUUACUCUGGACACUACUCCUCUUAAAACAGGGUGUGAGCUACUCGCAGAGGAUGACGCAAGAGAUGGUCAUGAUGCAAUAUUUAGAAGGAAGAAUUAGCCAGCUUGAGGACCGUCUGUCCAAGUGUGACCUGAGUGUACAGAACUACGAGCAGAAGCUCUAUGACUUCUCCAAGGAUUUGAGGGGCAAGCUUGGUGGACUGCAAGCCUUCCAGAAUGAGGUUAGAGGGCAGAUGGAGGGCGUGCUGUCCAGGGUUGGGAGGGUGGAGAGGGAGCUGGAAUACCUGGAGGCAGAGAAGCUGAACCAGCCCUGUGUGGACAUCGAGGACACACUGCUGGAGCAACAAGUGCAGGAGGAGCAGAGAAAGCAGAAGGAUCAGCUGGACUUGGGGAGAGACUGUGACACGGUGCUGUCGGGCGUGAAGUCCCUGAAGAUUGUGAAGAGGGAGGGCGAGGCUCAGGGCUCCUGGAUGAAAGACCCCACCAACGGCUCAGCCAAGAUCUACUUCUUCAGCGGAGUGAAGAACAGCACCCUGCUGGAGUUCUCCUCCAUGAAGGCCUUCGCCGGGGCCAACGCCACCCAGACGGCGCGCAGGGUCCAGCUGCCCUUCCCCUGGCAGGGCACCGGCCACGCCGUCUACCGAGGCUUCCUGUACUACCACCGGGCCGGCUCGGCCAACGAGGUCCUGAAGGUGAGCCUGCGACACAGAACGGUGAGCGACCGCGCCCUGCUUCCGGGGGCGGGCCGGCUGCCCGCGUACUCGCUGUCCCCGCACACCUACCUGGACCUGAGCGUGGACGAGCUGGGCCUGUGGGCCGUGCACGCCGACCCGGACCUCGGCGGGAACCUGGUGCUCACCAAACUGGACGAGGGCGCCCUGGGGGCGGAGCACACCUGGGACACGCCCUGCCCGAGCCGCGACGCCGAGACGGCCUUCCUGGUGUGCGGCACGCUGCACGUGGUGUACAACUCGCCGCACGGCGGCCGCUCCAGCGUGCAGUGCCUCUACGACAUCCACGACAGUCUGCACGCCGGGGACACGCCGCUGUUCUUCCCAAAAAGCUACGCCGCCCACGCCAGCAUGCGCUACCACCCCAAAGACAGGCAGCUCUACUCUUGGGAUGAGGGCUACCAGACCAUCUACAAACUGGAGACCAAGAAGAAAGGCCAGAUGGCUCCAGUUUGACUCGUUUACCCUUUAAGUGCAGGAUUUAAGUCGUAUCUGUAAAGGGCCGGUGUGGGGCUGGUGUUGUUUUAGCCCAGCACUAAGAAGCCUGAUUCGAAUUAUCAAGGUCUUGAUUGAAGACUAUUUUCACACUCCAAAUACCAGAAUUCCACUGAAAAUGAAACUAUUAACUUGGAGCACACAGAACAUUGAGUUCUUAUUUUAAUUAGAUAAUCCAGCAUUUGUGUAUUUUGGAGAAUGAAGGCUGCCAGAGAACCAACAAUGUUUUCUGACACAUUAGUGUUGAGCAGCAUUUCAAACAUAAUUUUAAAGAUUGGAUUUUAGAUGCAAAUUCCUGUGCGUGCAUCAUAAAAUUUGAAUAUCGCAAUGGAUAGACAAGUACAGACAAACACAAUGGGCCUCAUUUUUUAAUACAUUCGUAACACAGUGUGCACAUACAUGUAUGUGUGAUCAGAAACAAACUAACAAACUUAUCAAGCAGCUUAUCAAACAGCUUUCUUUCGUAUCCGCGUGUGUAUGUUGAUGAAUACCAAUCAAUCGUAAACAAAAAGUGAGCACAAAAUUUAUGAUUCACAUAAAUUGAUGCCCUUAAAAUAGCUUAUAAGAACCAUGUCUACAGCUACAGCUACUUUGUAACUUGUCUUGAACAUUAAAAUGUAUAUUAUUAAUAUACUAUAAUAUUAAUAUAAUAUUAACACUUAUGUCGGACUUAACAUUUUCUAUGCCAUUACAUUUUCUUAUAAUAAACUUGAACUUGAACUCAC